GCGGACCUGCUCCUAGAAAACUUCAGCAACUACCGCUUCCUUAACAACGGGAACAUCACGAUCCCCGGGCAGCAGGACAAAGACAACUUCCAGGAGACUCUGGACGCCAUGCACAUCAUGAGCUUCUCCCACGAAGAGAUCGUCAGUUUGUUGAAGGUGGUCUCUGCCGUGCUGCAGUUUGGAAACAUCAUCUUCAAGAAAGAGAGGAACACAGAUCAGGCCUCCAUGCCCGAAAACACAGUGGCGCAGAAGCUGUGCCACCUGCUGGGUAUGAACGUGAUGGAGUUCACCAGAGCCAUCCUCACCCCGAGGAUCAAAGUGGGACGAGACUACGUUCAGAAAGCACAGACCAAAGAGCAGGUGAGGGGCCGUCUAAACUCUGGAGAUCAAGAG